AUGGUUCAUCUCCUCUUCAUUACGGGGGACGCGGCAUCCACACUGACUUCGGCUGCUCUUGUCCAAACAUCUAGCUUUCAUUUUCCUGCAGUGAUUUAUGAAAGAUGUGAAUAUUUUGAUGACAUACUUUUACCAAACUUCGGUGUUGGAAUUAAUUCUUUGUCGCUCUUUUCAUCAGCAGCACGCAGGCCAAGACCUUACCAGGGUGUGCGAGUCAAAGAUCCAGUCAAAGAGCUGCUGAGAAGGAAAAGAAUGAAAACUGUGGAAAUGAUUACCCACAACACCCAGUCAUCACACACACCAGUGGCCAGCCAUGACUGGCGGUCAUGUGACGCACACCUCAAAGGUGCACAGUGGACCUUGUCUCUACCUGCCAGCAUGACCACAUCCGAGCCUGCCGGACCAGUCUUCUCCACACCAGCCUGCUCCACACCAGUCUUCUCCACACCAGCCUGCUCCACAUCAGCCUUCUCCACACCAGUCUUCUCCACACCAGCCUGCUCCACACCAGUCUUCUCCACACCAGCCUGCUCCACACCAGUCUUCUCCACACCAGCCUGCUCCACACCAGUCUUCUCCACACCAGCCUGCUCCACAUCAGCCUUCUCCACACCAGUCUUCUCCACACCAGUCUUCUCCACACCAGCCUUCUCCACACCAGCUUUCUCCACACCUGCCUACUCCACACCUGCUUUGACCACACCAGCCUGCUCGACACCUGCUUUGUCGACACUAACCUGCUCCACACCUGUUUUCUCCACACCAGCCUGCUCCACACCUGUCUUCUCCACACCUGCUUUGUCCACACCAGCCUGCUCCACACCUGUCUUCUCCACACCUGCUUUGUCCACACCAGCCUGCUCCACACCUGCCUGCUCCACACCUGAUGACCAGCAGCAGUCCACUCAGCAUCACAUGACCUCAGCUGUUGCCAUGCCAACUGUGUGCCCCACCUGCACAAUCAUGACGCCACUGCUAGCUAAUUUUGGGACCUUACCUGCAUGCUCCCUUCCUCACCUGGAUCUCCCAGAACCAGGACUGGCUUACAUUCCGUGGUCUCAAGCCCUCACGCCGAGCUCAGGGGUCCAGAUAGUCCCAAGACCUGCGAGUCAAUCAGGGUCUUCGAUGGUCCACAUGCCUUUGUCCGUGUCUCUGUCCACUUGGAUCCCUCAACAAGACGUCCAAGGUCUAUAUCAUGAGUCCCGGAACCUGGAUACUCUGCAAUAUCCAGACCAAGUGGACCUCAAGACCCACAAUGAGGCGCUGGAUGAAUACCGAGGAGCAGAUUUGGAAGCUCCAAACCUUCUCGAUACAAUUCUGGAGGAUCAGAGAAGAGAUGAUCAAUUGAAGGCCAAGAAGUCAUACAGUACUUCAAUCUUUGUAACAAAUACUUGUGAUUUUCAGACCAAAUACUAUACAAUAUUUGGACCAACUACUUUGUAAUCUUAGGACCAAAUACUUUGUAAUCCUGAGACCAAAUACUUUGUAAUCUUCAGGCCAAAUACUAUACAAUCUUUCGACCAAAUACUUUGUAAUCUUCAGACCAAACACUUUGUAAUCUUUAGACCAAAUACUUUGCAAUCUUAAAAUCAAAUACUUUGUAAUUUUUUGACCUAAUACUUUGUAAUCUUCAGACCAAAUAUUUUUUUAUUUUUGGCCCAAAUAAAUUGUAAUCCUCAAAAUAAAUACUUUAUCAUCUUAAAACCAAAUACUUUCUAAUCUUCAGCCCAAACAAAUUGUAAUCCUCAGAACAAAUGCUUUGCAAUCUUUGGACCAAAAACUUUGUACUCUUCAGACCAAAUAUUUUGUCAUCUUUGGACCAAACACUUUGUAAUCUUUGGACCAAACACUUUGUAAUCCUGAGACCAAAUACUAUAAAAUCUUUCGACCAAAUACUUUGUAAUCUUCAGACCAAAUACUUUGUAGUCUUCAGACCAAAUUCUUUGUAGUCUUUAGACCAAAUACGUUAUCAUCUUCAGCCCAAAUACUAUACAAUCUUUCGACCAAAUACUUUGUAAUCUUCAGACCAAACACUUUGUAAUCUUUAGACCAAAUACUUUGCAAUCUUAAAAUCAAAUACUUUGUAAUCUUUUGACCUAAUACUUUGUAAACUUCAGACCAAAUACUUUGUAAUUUUUGGCCCAAAUAAGUUGUAAUCCUCAAAAUAAAUACUUUAUAAUCUUAAAACUAAAUACUUUGUCAUCUUCAGACCAAAUACUUUGUAAUCUUCAGCCCAAACAUAUUGUAAUCCUCAGAACAAAUGCUUUGCAAUCUUUGGACCAAACACUUUGUACUCUUCAGACCAAAUACUUUGUAAUAUUGACAACAAAUACUUUUUUAAUCUUCAGACCAAAUACUUUGUAAUCUUCAGAAAAAAUACUUUGAAAUCUUAAAACCAAAUACUUUGAAAUCUUCAGAAAAAAUACUUUGAAAUCUUAAGACCAAAUACUUUGUAAUCUUCAGACCAAAUACUUGGAAAUCUUCACCAAAUACUUUGUAAUCUUUAGACCAAAUACCUUGUAAUCUUUUGACCAAAUACUUUGUAAAUUUCAGACCAAACUAUUUAGAUUUUUUGGCCCAAACACUUUGUAGUAUUUGAGAAAAAUACUUGACAAUCUUUGUUUUUAAGAGAUUGCUUAUCUAAUGAUCACAAAGCUGUUCAAUCUGCAAAAACCCAAUACAUGUCCAGCCCGGUGCCUGAUUAUAGUCCCAGACCACAGGUUCUCUUGAAUCUUUUCCUUAGGAUUAUUGAUUGAAUCCACUGGAGUCUCUUUAUGUGAUCAGUGUUCCUCCUUUUUAUUGACACUUGUCGAUCUGGAACUACUUUUUAUUUGGAGUCAAAUCCGUCUGGUGAUUCUGUGCUCAGCUGUUCUUCAAGAUUUUAGACCUUUAUUGCCGUCUGAGUUCUCUAAAAUAGUCCAAAGCGUAAAAAACACUGUUCUCCCUCCUGCAAGUCUCAUCAGAGAUGUGAUUGACACUGUUUUCAUUCUAGAAUUGAUCAAUGUCUCUGUUUUCUUCUGGUUGUGUUCCAAGCACAUGGAAACACUCUCUUCAAAUAAAACACAACCUCUGUCCUGGCGAACUGCA